AUGUAUUGUUUAUUUGUCGACAAACCUUGGCUUAAAUAUCAAUUUACUGAUGUUCACAGAAAAUUGAUAAAAAAGCCUGACGAACUCGAAUGUGAAAUGAAAGAUCCAACAGCAAACAUAGAUAAAAUUGUUUUGGAUAAAACCUUAGGCUCUCUGAUGGGAUUGGCAUUGGGUGAUGCACUUCGUGGUGGAACGUGGGGUCUCGACAAUGGACAGUUUACAGACGAUACUUCAAUGGCUCUAUGCUUAGCAACAUCGUUAAUUGCUCGACGAGAUUUUGUUGCAUACGAUCAAUUGGUACGUUACAAAUGGUGGUAUCAAUAUGGUUACAUGUCAUCAACAGGACAGCGCUUUGAUAUUGACUCAGCGACUAAGCAAUCACUUGUUCGGUUUGCAAAGAAUCAAAAAGAUUUUGCUAACAAAAAUAAUAUUCCUAUUCAAUAUAUGGAUUUCUUAUCAAAUCGUGAUUGUUUGAGAAAAUUUAGUGUGUACUGUAGCGAAGUUGGUGCUGCUGGAAAUGAAGCAUUGAUGCGUCUCGCACCUGUUCCACUUUUCUUCUAUAGAAAUCCUGAAAAUCUGUUGAAUACGCAGGCAUCAGUGGUCAAAUUACUCAUGGUAAUGCCAAAGCCUAUGAUGCGUGCAGAUUUUAUGCAACCCUCAUCAUCGUGGUUCGGGGACAAGGAUCUGCAUCCAGAUAUUCAGAAGAUAGCAGAAGGAUCAUACAAAAAACGAGGAGGAUACCAAGAUGGAAUUCGUGGUGAAGGUUACAUUGCUAAUGCUCUAGAAGCUGCUUUAUGGGCAUUUUGGAGCGAUGAGAACUCAUUUGAGAUAGGUGCACUGAAAGCUGUUAAUCUUGGUGAUGACACAGGCACAACUGCAGCAAUCUACGGACAGCUAGCAGGUGCAUACUAUGGUUUCAAGGAAUUGCCUAGAAAAUGGAUCGAGCAUGUAUAUGCAAAAAGAUUUAUCGAAUGUUUAAGCAAAUGGGUCGUGUACGAAGAAGAAAAUUGGCCACAUAACCAAAUAGGCAAUGAUAACGAUGAUGAUGAUGAUCAAAUUGAAGAUAUGAAUUCGGUAGGACAAACUUCUGAAAACUUACGUCCAAGACGUGAUACAGUAGCAACAUGUGCGUACCACAUUGAAGCUGCAAAUCGUAUUAAUUAUGAUGAUGCAGUUGGCUGCAACCUAAAAAUGCCGCAAAGUUCUCGUAGAGCAUCAACAGACAUCAGUAAUAAUAACAAUGAAGUAUGUGUGACUUCAACACUAGUACAUGCAAGUCAUUCACCUCCUGGUAAAAGUGUUCGCCGAGCCAGUCAUCGUCACAUUUUUGAUGCAUCGUCAUUGAAAUCAACAGAACAUGCAUAA